CUCCCCUUCGCACCGUUUCUGUUGGUGCUCAUACUUUCUUGUUGCUGCUCUGAGUCGCCAUGGCGCUCAGCUUCUUCAGCGGAGGCGGCAGUGCAAGUCAUGCAAAGUACUUUGAUAUCCGACUCGACGAGGACUACAUUGUUUUUCGUGGAGGUGAGCAAGAAGCCGCCAGUGCCCAUCUAAGCGGAAAGCUCGUUCUCUGUGUGUCGGAGCCGAUAUCUAUCAAACAUAUUCGGUUGCAUCUCACUGGCAUCUCGCGCGUCUGUUGGCAUCUCCCAUCGAGCUCUGCCGGCGGCGGGCGCAAGAACUGGAGGGAGCGCGUAUUCUACGAGAAGACCUGGAAAUUCAGAGACGCGGGCAAGAGUAAGACCGAGAUUCUUCCGGCGGGCAACUAUGAAUACCCUUUCGACGUCAUACUAGAAGGCUCCAUGCCAGAGAGCGUCGAAGGGCUCUCGGAUACCUACGUCACGUAUCGUUUCAAGGCCGAAAUAGGCCGCAAGUAUGCGAAGGACAUCGUUGUUCGACGGCCGCUCCGCAUCAUCCGCACCCUGGAGUCUAGCGCCCUGGAACUUUCACACGCUAUGUCUGUCGAAAAUAUCUGGCCAAACAAAAUCGAGUAUUCCAUCAGCACGCCCACCAAGGCCGUGAUUUUCGGCACGAGUAUCCGGGUCGACUUCAAGCUGAUCCCUCUCCUUAAAGGACUUGGCAUUGGUCAGAUUAUCUCGCAGCUCAUAGAGACGCACGACCUCACUCUGAAUCCGGAAGAUCCAGAUGCGAUCCGCAACACUUACAAAACUACCCGCACCAUAAUCAACGAUGAACAUACCAUAGACGAGGAAAACUCCUUAGAAAUAAUAGACGAAGCUGCGGAAGGGUUUCAGUUCUCGCGUACGCUCGACCUGCCCAAAACCUUGACGCGAUGUCUGCAGGAUACAGACACCAGGGGGAUCAAAGUGAGACACAAGUUGAAAUUCAGAGUGCAACUGCUCAACCCUGAUGGGCAUAUCAGUGAGUUACGGGCUACUUUACCGGUCUCGAUAUUCAUCUCCCCGAACCUCGCGAUUGAUGACAACAACAACCUUGUCGAUUCAAGCCCUCAGACGACCCAAAGAGCGCUUGAUGAUCUCGCUCAGCAAGCGCCUCCUUUGUAUGGGGAACACCAGUUCGAUCAGCUGUACAGCGAAGUUGAUCCUUCCGGUUACCGCACCCCUGGUCCUGGAAGUGGUCCUGGUACACCUUUUGGCACGCUUAGUCGCAACCUAUCCGCCGAGAACCUUGCAUCCAUGAAUGCUAUCACCCACACCGACAUCUCCGCUUCAGCCUUGCACCAUCGCUUGGUAAACCUUGAUUUGCGCGGACAUGGUCGGGUAUCGGCAUCAGAACAUGAUCAUCUCGGUGUUCCUUCAGACAACGGGCCCCCCUCGGGCUCUAACACACACGGCUCCAACACCCACGCACCCGGAAGCCCAGAACUUUCGCGCAGAGCCUCAGACGAAGAUGUCCACGACAACAUACCCUCGGGAAUGGCAACACCGUUCAUCCCCCACUCUGCUGAGUUGGAGACGCUCAGUCGCGUGCCAAGCUAUUCCACCGCUGUCCGUUCAUCUGUUCGUCCACAUGACAGCGAUCUGCCAGAUUAUCAGGCCGUUGUUGCUGAAACUGUCCAUAUGUCAGCCCCCCAAUCCCCCCAGCAAGCGCACAUCCGGGGGUCUGGUACUGGUCGCGGAUCGGACUCUUAUUUUAGCGCACCCAUGGAUUUCUUUCAUCGACCUGCUUUUCUCCAUUCCCGAAGUCAUAGUCAUUCCGACGACGAACGCAGGAUUCGUCUAACGCAAGCACGGGGCAGGGCUUAGACUCUUGCUUUCUAUUCGACACUUCAUGGUGACCUACUACGGUCUAACGAUACCACGUGCUCCUGAAACAGAUACCCGCCGCCCUAUUCAACGGCCCGUUAUUGAGCGAUUCUAACCACCGCUGUUCCAUUGAAGCCGGGAUUCCACCACAUAUAAUAUUCCUUCGAACGACCACGUUACCAGCGCGGGACGCUGAUUUGCAUAUAUUUAUAGAAUCUCCUAAUCUUCCACUCAACAAAGUACCCAGAGGAUCUCGUUUUUGUAUCUAUAUUCCAACAUGUUCCUCUGUAAACGCGAUUGUUUUGAGAUCAGGGAAGGUCUACUGGCGUUUUAACAUAGACGGACUGGAGUGGAAAUUAUGCCAAUAAAAAGGGAUGAUGGAAAUC